CUUUUAUUCUGUGUUUAUUUCGAUUCACAGAAAACCUGCACCGCUUUGCAACGCAUGUUUUAUUGAAGUGGAGGCUUUGCGCAAGAACCUGCAAGGAUUUGGAUGCAUGGCUUUAAGAAGCAUCCUCUUGGAUUAAAGUUAAAAUGUCUGGAGACUCUAACUACGAGGGCUCAGCAGGGAUAGUCUAUAUCAACCUCAGCUGUAUUUUCAACACCACCAACCUCCUGUCAGACUUCAGCAACAAGACAGAUGUUGUAGGAGAUGGUGCAGCUGUUGUGAGGAUUAUCAUCUCUGUCAUUUACGCGCUGGUUUGCGUGCUGGGUCUGGUUGGGAAUGUCCUGGUGCUUUACCUGAUGAAGUCUAAACAGGUGUGGAAAAAAUCCUCCAUCAACCUUUUUGUAACUUGUCUGGCUGUGACUGACUUCCAGUUCGUCUUGACUCUGCCCUUCUGGGCGGUGGAAAACGCGCUGGACUUCACGUGGCUUUUCGGCAAAGCCAUGUGUAAGAUAGUCUCCUAUGUCACGGCUAUGAACAUGUACGCCAGCGUGUUUUUCCUCACCGCUAUGAGCGUGGCGCGGUACUGUUCGCUCGCCUCUGCGCUCAAAGGCGGCAGGAGGCGGCGGCCGCGCUGCCGCUGCUGCUGCUCUGCCGCGCGGUGCGUGAGUGUUUUCAUCUGGUUCGCCGCGGUGUCCGCCGCUCUGCCGCACGCGGUGUUCUCCACCACCGCGACCGUCUCCAGCGAGGACUUGUGUCUGGUGAAAUUUCCUGAAACAAUGGGAACCGCUGCACAGUUCUGGCUUGGACUCUAUCACUCUCAGAAAGUGCUGCUUGGGUUUGUUCUACCUUUAGGCAUCAUAUCAGCUUGUUAUCUGCUCCUUUUGCGCUCAAUCACAUCCAAAAACAUCAACACGUCGAGCGCAAAACGACGCGCAAAGGUCACCAAGUCUGUCACCAUUGUGGUGUUGUCGUUUUUCCUCUGCUGGCUGCCCAACCAGGCGCUCACAGCCUGGGGCAUCCUCAUCAAACUCAACGUGGUGCACUUCAGCUAUGAGUACUACACCACCCAGGUGUACGUGUUUCCAGUGUCAGUGUGUCUGGCGCACUCCAACAGCUGUCUGAACCCGAUCCUGUACUGCCUGAUGAGGAGGGAGUUCAGGAAAGCGCUGAAGAAACUCUUCUGGAGGAUGACUUCGCCGACUAUAAGGCCGAUCACAGCCACCACGAAGCCGGCGAUGGAGGAGGACAAAGAGCACCAUGAACUGCUGCCGGGCAGCGCGCUCCAGGAGCCCGCUGUGGUGUUCUAUCCUCCGGGUGCUGUCAUGUACAACGACCGGAGAGAUCUGCAGCACAACAGCGCGUAAAGAAGUAAAGAAG